CUUGUUCUUCUAUCGGCAAGGCAGCAGCGAGAGAAGAUCGAAACGGCAGCCAUGGCAGGAGGAGGUAAGAGAAGAUCCAAUCACAACAACAAAAACAGAAAUAAAAAAAUCGACAACAGAAACAUCAGAAAAGACAGUGGGGCCAGCAGUAGGAGCAGAAGAAGAUCGAAAGAACUUCGAAAUUCUCUCUUUGUGGAAGGCGGAGUCUUGGCGGAUUGGUCCCCUAUCCAUUCAGGAAGGAGUAGUAAUGUGAAAUCGAAUUCCAAGUCGGGUUCGAAACCGGGGAAUUCUAAUCAAGGAAAAGCGUGUUCGGGUUCUAAGAAUGCACCGCGUAAAGCCAGUGGAAAUCCUUUUGUUUACAACUAUCCUUGUUUUGAUCUUCAGGAGGGUACCAGCAGAGAUAUGGAUGUGUCGCAACCUAUUGUUUUAGUGGAUUCCAAGGAGACACAUAUUGUUGCUUAUUUAGAUGAAACACCGACUCUGAAGCCCUGUAAUUUGAAUUUAACUUACGAAUACAGUUCAGAUUUUCUGCUUGGCGAGAGCUCACAUAGGGAAUUGGGGUUCUGUGAGGAAUUUGAGGCUACCCCAGGUGCUGAAUCAUCCUCGAAGCAAAUGGAAGAGGAAGAGCAGAAAGGAUCUUCUUUUGAUUCAUCAUCUUCUGAGAAAGAAAUGGAUUCUGAUGAAACUGCUAACUGCAGGGCAGGUGAAGAAAUGCUGACUGCAGCAUUUUCUCCGAAGAAAAAUUCAGCCUUUUUGUCAAUUGGAGGCAUGAAAUUAUUCACCCAAGAUAUUUCUGAUGGGGGAAGUGAUGGGGAGUCACUCGAUGAAAGCUCUGAAUCUCAACAAGUUGAACUGUCUCAAAGUGAUGACUCUGAAGACGCAUCUAAUAGUGAAUUUGAUGUUGAUGAUGAUGUUGCAGAAGAUUACUUGGAAGGCAUUGGAGGCAGCUCCAACAUAUUAGAUGUCAAAUGGUUGGUAGAAAAUGUUCUGGAUGAUUCAGAAGAGGAUAGUUCUUCUAGUGGUUGCUUUGAUGAGACUCUAGAGAAGUUGGGUGGGAUUGCCCUCCAGGAGGCGUCUAGAAGAUAUGGUAUGAAGAAACCUCAAUCAAAAAAGAACCAUGCUUCAUCUGCCAGAGAUGUGUCUCAAGAUUUGGAUGAUUUUAUGCAUGUAAAGGAUCCAAGAACCGUCUCUGCCAAAAAGAAGCAUGUUGCACGCUUGCCUUGGUCUUCUCAGAGGAGUCAAAACUCCAGAAAUUUUCCUGGUGAAAAAAAGAAGCAUCAUAAAGAAAUGAUUGCUGUCAAGCGUCACCAGAGAAUGCUGAGCCAGGGAGUUGAUCUGGAGAAAAUAAAUAAGGUUCGACGACUUGCAGCAGUUUAUCGCUUGCAUAGCGGAUCCCAAGGUUCUGGCAAGAAAAGCUUUGUAACAGGGACACGAACACAGCACACAUGCAUGCCUUCAGCAAGUGAUAAACUUCGUCUAGAAAAGCUGAUAGGGGCUGGCGUUGAGGAUUCUGAUUUUGCUGUUAAUGAAGGCUCAAAAACAAAAUCAGUUAGUGCAGACAGAAAUAGGAAGAAGAAAAGUACAAGGGGGAGUUCUGGGAGAAAUGGUUUAUACACUAAUCAACCAGUGUCAUUUGUAUCAAGUGGAGUAAUGCAACCUGGAGUCGUUGAGACCACAACACUGGGUGCUCAAGAGAUAAAUGAAACUGGCGAAAACAAGGAUGCCACUAGCUCAUCGAAGUAUGGUGCAUUUGAGGUGCACACUAAAGGAUUUGGAUCUAAGAUGAUGGAAAAAAUGGGAUUUAUACAAGGUGGAGGAUUGGGAAAAGAUGGUCAAGGUAUGGCACAACCCAUUGAAGUAAUCCAGCGGCCUAAAUCACUUGGUUUGGGUGUUGACUUCUCCAACAUCAGUGGUGACUCAGUGAAGAAUAAACCUCAAAGUCUUGAAACUGGAACUGCAACUGGAAAGUCCGGAAAACAUAGUAAAACUCCAAGCUUCGGAGCUUUUGAAAAACACACCAAAGGAUUUGGAUCCAAGAUGAUGACCAGGAUGGGUUUUGUUGAAGGCAAGGGCUUGGGUAAAGAUUCCCAAGGUAUUGUCAACCCUUUAGUUGCUGUUAGGAGGCGAAAAGCACGGGGGUUGGGUGCAAAAAGUUAGAUCUUUCCCUUUUUCCCCAUAAAAAAGAUGGACAACACAAUGUAUAGUUUAUUUAGGCUGAUCGUUUCAAAGGUACUUGCUGAUAAAUUGAUCUUCCCUUCCCUUGUACUUAAGUUAAAUAUAUCAGCAUAAUAAUCCAUGUGCUCAAGAUGUCUUUAUGAGUA